AACUAAGUUGGGUGUAAACAGGGCGAGAGCUAGCAUAGCGCGGCUAAGCGGGGAGCGCAGGAAGACAGCGGCCGCGUCCGUGGUGGUUGUUAGCCGCCUUCAUUCCAACAUGCCUCGGAAGAAGCCGUUUAGUAACAAGCAGAAAAAGAAACAACUUCAGGUGAAGCGCGAGAAAAAGAGAGGAGGUGAUACGGGCUCGGAUCAAAGUAGCCGGAAUGCGAGUAUCGAGAGAGCCGUUAGACGGGACCGGCAGUCAGACACCUCGGACAGCGAGACGACGGAUAUAAGGAGAAUCAACCACCAGCCUGGCACCAGAGACAGCAGAUAUGACCCCAACAGGUUUCGACUUCACUUUGAAAAGGAGAGCAAAGAGGAGGUGGAGAAAAGGAAGAAAAUGGCCAGAGAGAAAAUACUGCAAGCAGUUCCAGAGAGAGACUUGGAGAUGGACAUAAAAGACGUCUAUCCUGAAGAGAGAGGGCUGGAUUUCCCACGAAGGCCCUCUUGGCAUUAUAAGAUGAGCAGACAAGAACUAUUGAGGAAGGAAAAGAAGGCAUUUGAUGAAUUUCUGGAGGCUCUUCAUUCCAAGAAUCCUACUGACUCCCUCAGCCAUUUUGAGCACAAUCUGGAGACAUGGAGGCAGUUAUGGAGAGUAUUAGAAAUGUCUGAUGUGGUUCUGCUUAUUGUGGAUAUCAGACACCCAGUGCUGCAGUUUCCUCCUGCUCUGUAUCAUUACAUCACAGAUGAAUUGCAGAAGCAGGUAAUUCUGGUGCUUAAUAAGGUUGACCUUUGCCCUGCGCCGCUCGUCUUGGCAUGGAAACACUACCUGAGCAACAACUUUCCUCACCUGCAAUGUGUGUGCUUCACCUCCCACCCUGGACAACCUUACAGCAGCUUGUUUCAGAAAAAGCGAAUGAGGAGAAAGGGUGGGUGGGGCCAGGCAGGAGGACCAAUCCACAUUCUGAGGGCAUGUCAGAUGAUCACAGCAGGAAAAGUGGAUUUAAGUAGCUGGGAAAAGAAGAUACAAAGGGAUGCAGCGGCCAUCGGAGGACAAGGCGAUGGGUCUGAUGAUGGGGUGGAGACCGUGCUGAUGGAACACCAUACUGAUGCCGCCAUGGAGCUGAACUGUCCGACACAAGAACUUUACAAAGAUGGAGUUCUCACAAUAGGCUGCAUAGGGUUUCCUAAUGUAGGAAAGUCUUCAGUGUUGAAUAGUUUGGUUGGUAGAAAGGUUGUGAGUGUGUCGCGGACUCCUGGUCACACGAAGUAUUUCCAGACGUACUACCUCACCCCUACUGUAAAACUGUGUGACUGUCCUGGACUCGUCUUCCCCUCUCAAGUCUCCAAACAGCUACAGGUUUUGGCUGGGCUUUACCCAGUGUCCCAGCUGCAGGAACCCUACAGCUCCGUGGGAUACCUGUGUGAGCGCACGCCUUUCCUGUCAAUACUCAAACUUGCAUGCCCAGAACAGAGUCCUGACACACCACACACUCCCAGCACACACGACUGGACAGCCUGGGACGUGUGCGAAGCGUGGGCAGAGAGAAGAGGCUAUAAGACAGCAAAGGCAGCACGGAACGAUGUUUAUCGAGCCGCUAACAGCCUGCUGCGCUUGGCCUUGGACGGACGUUUGUGUCUGUGCUUGCGGCCACCAGGAUACACACAGAACAAAGAUAAAUGGGAGUCCCACCCAGAUUUGCCAGAAAUCAUCGCUCUACAGGGACGAAGGCCUGAGGACGAAGAGAACGGAGAGAGGGAUGAGGAAGACGACGACUCGAGCUCCGCGCCAGAAAUGGAAGAGGACCGAGACGCAGACGAUGACGAGGACGCUGACGGAGAUGACGAAGAUGAAAGCGUGAGGUCCGAUAAAAAAGGCAAGGCCUACAGCCUGAACAUGUUCGGUCUACUGGGCGAGAACGAGUGCGAGUGAGAGAAGAGCUCGAUUUCAGCACGCCGUUUUGUCAUCUCAGUCGGUCAAGCUUCCUCGUCUGCACGUUUAGAACUCUUUCAGUUCUUACUUUUCGUUUCAUCAACGCUUUCGAUUACACUCGCGGAUUUUAUACUCCUCAGUAUACCUGUUUUGUGUUUUUCUCCUGCGUAAGCAGCUGUGCGUGUCUUUGCACCCUCUCUCAGCUUUGUUUCGUGAUUUCCUAAUUUACAGUUUUAAUUAAACCUCUUGUGUUCGAGAGUUGAGGUUGAAUGUAGUUACAGUCGGCCGGUUGUGCAGACUGCGCAUUGAGUACAAUCAUUGAUUGAUUGAUCGAGAAUCUGUGAGUUCACAGCUUUAUUGCCAAAGGUCAGCACAAGGUCACUAAUUUCAAUAAGAGAAGAGACAAAUGGAAGCCUCAGUGCUGCGAGACCCCGCACGCAGCUUUAGGACCGGUAAGCCAGGUGUGUUUAAGGGAAGGAAAUGCAGCUAAGUAAAUACAAAAGCCAGCCAUGAUAAGAGGCGACUGUAAGACAAUGAGAAGUAGAGAACCCCAGAAGAGAAAAGCGAGUGGAGUGGAUAUCGAAAGUACGGAAGCCGCGAAAGGCCCUUUUAUAUAAUCUUUUUUUUUUUUUUUUUUUUUUUUUUUAAAUUCACCUUGUUAUCCCGAGAUAACAACAUAAUUAAUUCAGGAUCUCGAGAAAACAACACGACUAAUUCGAGAUCUCGAGAAAACAAAACUGUUAUUCCGAGAUAACGACAUAAUUAAUUCAGAAUCUCGAGAAAACAACACGACUAAUUCGAGAUCUCGAGAAAACAAAACUGUUAUUCCGAGAUAACGACAUAAUUAAUUCAGAAUCUCGAGAAAACAACACGACUAAUUCGAGAUCUCGAGAAAACAAAACUGUUAUUCCGAGAUAACGACAUAAUUAAUUCAGGAUCUCGAGAAAACAACACGACUAAUUCGAGAUCUCGAGAAAACAAAACUGUUAUUCCGAGAUAACGACAUAAUUAAUUCAGAAUCUCGAGAAAACAACACGACUAAUUCGAGAUCUCGAGAAAACAAAACUGUUAUUCCGAGAUAACGACAUAAUUAAUUCAGAAUCUCGAGAAAACAACACGACUAAUUCGAGAUCUCGAGAAAACAAAACUGUUAUUCCGAGAUAACGACAUAAUUAAUUCAGGAUCUCGAGAAAACAACACGACUAAUUCGAGGUCUCGAGAAAACAAAACUGUUAUUCCGAGAUAACGACAUAAUUAAUUCAGGAUCUCGAGAAAACAACACGACUAAUUCGAGAUCUCGAGAAAACAAAACCGUUAUUCCGAGAUAACGACAUAAUUAAUUCAGGAUCUCAAGAAAACAACACAACCAAUUCGAGAUCUCGAGAAAACACAACCGUUAUUCCGAGAUAACGACAUAAUUAAUUCAGAAUCUCGAGAAAACAACACGACUAAUUCGAGGUCUCGAGAAAACAAAACCGUUAUUUCGAGAUCUCGAGAAAACAAAACAAUUAUUCCGUGAUCUCGAGAAAACAAAACCGUUAUUUCAUGAUCUCAGCUGGAUCACUGUAUCUCCGUCGGUAGAGACGAAGCCGGGCCAGUCUUCUGCGGAGGUGCCGCGGGCUAAUUUUGAAAUUAUCCCUUGUUAAAAGACUUGAUGCAAUCUCUCCCUGUGUCAACCCCUGAUCAAAAUAUUGCCUUAUUAGGUGAUCAAUUAUUCCAGACAUUCUAAUGACCAAAGUUGCGUCAAUACAGAAUGAGAAAUAGCCCCAAAGUCAGCAUAUCACAAGUCUCUUGGCGCACCUGAAUGAACCAUUUCUCAGCUGUUUUCUUGAGAUCACGGAAUAAUUGUUUUGUUUUCUCGAGAUCUCGAAAUAACGGUUUUGUUUUCUCGAGAUCUCAAAUUAGUUGUGUUGUUUUCUCGAGAUCCUGAAUUAAUUAUGUCGUUAUCUCGGGAUAACAAGGUGAAUUAAAAAAAAAAGAUUAUAUGAAGGGCCUCUCGCGGCUUCGGUACGAAAGCACUUUUUUUUUUUUUAAGUAGUAUUUCUGAGUAGAUCUCAACAGACCAGGGGUGUGACUGACGUAUAAAAUUACUGCCUACUCAGGCUGUGGGCAAGAACACAUCGAGUCAUGUCAGUUAGAUAAAGUGAAUGUAUGUCGCAUUCUCCAACGUUUUUGAAGAUCUCGUGCAUGCACUACGCCGGCAGCGACGUCUUUGUAACGCUAUACACGCUGCCUUUCAAAGAACAUCUCAAACUGUUUCCUUACAGUUACCUGUUACAGUUAGCAUAGCGGUUGAAGCUCUGCCUUCCAAAUCACUGACUUGUACGACGGCACCGGCAUCACGGCUUCCGUUGUCGACACCGCUCAGGAUUUGAGCAAUGAUGAGGAAUGUAUUAGAAGGGAUUUGUGCGUCAUUUCUACCUUUCUGAAUUCAUUAUAACUCCUACACUAUGAUAUUCAAUGCUUGGUGGCGUUUCCUGGCAUUGCUUCUGUGCGAGUGCUGUCAGACUUUUUUUUGGAAGAAUUAGAUUUACUGGUUGAAUAAAAUUUUAUAGAAUGCAAAAAUAUUAGCUGGCAGAUAAUCAGAGACCUGUUUUUAAACUACGGAGAUAUUUUGUUACUCGAUAGAGAUUUCUAUAUGGGCCAGUCUGAAUGGGUCUGGGUUUGUAAUGCAGGGUUCCAAGGAGUGGUUUUUGUUUUUUGUUGUUUUUUUUUUUUUUUUGCCUGUGUUAAUCCCUGAGCUUUGUAUACUAUGCAAGCUUUCCUGAUUAGGUUAGACAUGAAAGAGUUUGCUGUGUUAAUUUGACCCGACAAGACCAAAAAAAAAAAACCCACUGACAUUCUUGCGUACGAUACGCACCAUGCUGAGGUGUGAUUUGCACUGAGUUCUGUUCAUGAGAACACUAAAGCGGUUUUUAUUAUUAUGACGGGAUAUUUUAAUAGAGUUUAAGCAUUUUGAAUACGAUGGAAAGUAGAAGUGACGGAGUAAAUGGACCAUAUUCCUCAAGUGUUCAUGUAUAGGACUCCUAGAUCAGGAUUGAUUCAAUUCCAGUGUAGUGUUAAGUCUUCAUAAUAUUAUCUGACAUCUUAACACUAACAAAAGGGCAGGGAACAUGAGCAUAGACUUAUCUGAAAUAUACAGAGCCUUCCACAAUUAAUGGCACCUGUCGUAAACUAGUAAAAAAAAAAAAAAGGGACGGGGGAAAAAAAUCCACCAUUUGGUGAAGUCGCUUCAUCUCACACUGGAAAACAAAUGAGAAAAAUCCAACCUUUAAUUGAAAUAAAAGCAAAUCCUUCAUCAAGAAAAUUAUUUUCAACCAAAACAUCACUAUAACUGGAACCCCUGUGCCAGUAAAACAGCACGGAGUCACUCCUAUAACAUUUUAUAAGGUUGGAGAUACAGAGCAGGGCAUCCGAGACAGUUCCUCUUUACACAGUCUGUCCAGAUCAUUCAGGGUCCUCGGCUGUCUCCUCUUCAGCUCAGCCCACAGGUUUUCAAUGGGGUUCAGGUCAGGGGACUGAGAUGGCCAGGGCAGAAGCUUGAUUCUGUGCUCAGUGAACCAUUUUUGUGUUGAUUUGGACACAUGAUUCGAAAUCAUUGUCCUGCUGGAAGAUCCACUGAUCACCCAGUUUCCUGGCAGCCGGAUUUGGGUUUAAAAUGUCCUGCUAUUUCAUGGAGUCCAUGAUGCCAUGGACCCUAACAAGGUUUUCAGGGCCUUUGGAAGAAAAACAGCCCCAGAACCUCCACCAUAUUUUACAGUUGGGAUCGGGUUCUCUUCAUUAUAGCCAUGCUUCUUUUUACACCAAACCCACUGCGAGUGUUUAUUGCCAAAAAGCUCCGUUUUUGUCACAUCAGACCAGAGAACAGGGUUUCAGUCAAAGUUGUAGUAGCAUUUCACAAACUUCAGGCUCUUACAUUUGUAGUUAACUGACAGAAAAGGCUUUUUUUUUCUGCCAGACCUUCUAAAUAAUCUCUUGGCAUUGUGGUGGAGUCUGAUGGUGGUUUUGGAGACUUGGAAACCCCAAGAUUUUCCUUUUUCUUGUAAUUCACCAACAGUGAUCCUUGAGGGUGGUUUGCUUGUUUGUUUGUUUUUUUACCAAGCUUCCUCACUGGAUGUAGGAACAAAAUACAUUUGGGUCCUCUUCCAGACAAGUUUGUACCAGUUCCAGUUGGUGUCCACUUUUUUAUUAUUAUUAUUGCCCGAACGGUCGAAAUGGGCAUUUUCAGGCGAGUAUGCUGUUUUUUAAUAAUCAUUCCAUGACUUAUGAAGGUUAAUACACUUCUCCCUCAGUUGGGUUGUGUGUUCUCUUAUCUUUCCCAUGCUGAUGGAUCACUAACUUGGGUACAAAUAUGAAGGCGAUACAGAGGCCAAAUUCCCUUAAUCAAGAAGUCUUGGAUUACAGCUUCAAAGUUCCUACGCAGUCCAGUCAACUCAAAAAUGUAGAAUUUAAAUGGGAAACAUGCUUCAGUUACAUUGUGUUCACUAUCAUUUCCAGGGGUGCCAAUAAUAGUGCCACUUUUUUUAAUUUCUUGAGAGAUUUGGUUUUUCUCUGAAUAAAUUUUUCAAUUAAAGGUUGGAUUUUUCUCUUUUUUUUUCUUGCCAGUGUGAGAUGGAGAAAGGGUGGAUUUUUUUUUUUCUAAUCCUUUUAACUAAUUUUUAUUAAGGGGUGCCAAUAAUAGUGGAGGGCUCUGUAGAUGCCUUAUGAAUGCAGACAGGUUUGUUUUUGAGUGUGCAACUGCAAACAGAAUGUAUGUACCGUGUGAAAGUGACCCAGUAAACAAAUGUGUUUUAUUGCUUAUAUUGAAUUGGUCUGAAGCAGCCCUCUGCAAUAAAGAUGAAAUGUCUAUCA